AUACUCACGGCUUUAGAUGGUUAACAGGUUAACUAUCUACUUCAGACAGCCGCGUCUUUACUCAUCCGUGUUUUUACUUCUCUGUGGCUAUUUUCACGUUCAACGUUGGCAUUUUGGCACCAUCAUUUGUGGAUAAGACAUCGUUACUCCGAGCACUGUAGUCCAUAGUCUAGGACGUCUAGAUUUUACAACAGUAUAUGACUGUUCUCAUAGGUGCACAUGAAAAUAAUAUAACUAUUUUGAGAGAUGAGAUACAAAGUGGAUUUCAUGGAUUGAAAAUUGGAGCUCACUUCAAUAGCAAUUUAAGGAAUUCAAAUUUUUUUUUUUAUAGAUAUUUCAAGAUCAAAUUAUAAAAAUAUCCGCUGCUGGACACUUAAAUUAUACUUCAUAAUAUUACUAGUGAUCAACAUUUUAGACGAACAAUAUGGAACAUUUAAAUUCAAAGAACAAGAAUAUUCCUAAAUUCGAUAAAAUAUUAAAAGUAUCACUUGUAAAUUGUGAUCAUCUAUUGAAAUUUCAUAACCUACAAAUAAUCAAAGAAGAAAAGUAUGAAUUUAAAGACGUUGAUAACACAACCGAAGAAGAUGAUUUUCUUCAAGAAGUUAAACAAGAAGACAAUGAUGUUAAGAAGAUUGCUAUUUUGAAAAUAAAACAACAUAAUCAUAAACAAAAUGAGAAUGGAACUAUUCAAAUAAAUUCAUUUAAUUCUAAAGAAAAUAUUGAGACUACUAAUUUUGAUGAUGGAGUUGACCUUGUUGAUGAUAUGGUACAUGGCAGUAUUAUUGAAAUUGAGCCUAAAAGAUCACAGUUAAUGUUAUCUGAUAUCGAGUCUGAGAAAAAUACUUAUAAUUGUCAUCUCUGUAAAUUAUCUUUUCCUAAAAAAAGAGAUUUAAGCAAACACCAAAAAUCACAUAAAAAAAAUCACAAAAAAUCUUAUAAAGCUAAUAACUCACAAUCCAUAUUUUCUGAAGAAUUACACUUACCUAAGCAUAACAAGACACCUGACCAGAAAGAAACUUUUGACUGCAAGUACUGCAAUAAGAUAUUUACAGUGAAAUCAAAUUUAACGGUUCAUAUAAGAGGUCACACCGGAGAAAAACCAUAUGUAUGUGAUUUGUGUAAAAGAUCUUUUAGUCAGAGACAAAAUAUGAUGUGUCAUAUGAGAACACAUACAGGAUAUAAACCUCAUUCAUGUCGAAUUUGUAAAAAGAAAUUUUGCCAUAAGUCAUUAUUAGACUACCAUGAAUGGACACACUCUGGUAUUAAACCAUUUAAGUGUGAAAUUUGUGUUAGAGAAUUUUCUCGGAAAUCGUGUUUAGUUUAUCACCUAAAGCACAGUCACACAGGUGAAAAACUUUUUAAGUGCAAUGUUUGUGACAAAGCUUUUUACAGAAAAGCAUUUUUGAAGAAUCAUAUGAGAGUCCAUAUUACUAUGCAAUUAGAAAAGUGCCAUAUUUGUGAUAAAACAUAUUCUCAUAAAUCAAGUUUACGAAGACAUUUGUUGAUCCAUUCUGGUGAAAAGAUGUUUGAAUGUGAUAUGUGUAAGAAAUCUUUCUAUCGGAAAUCAAGUUUACUUGCCCACAUAAAAAUUCAUCUGACAGAGAGACCUUAUGAAUGCAGUCUCUGCAGAUCAACAUUUCCUACAGCAUCAGAACUAGAAAGCCAUGCAAAAUCUCACAUCGGUGAUAAUUCAUUUCAAUGCUAUCUUUGUGACUCAAGUUUUAUAUUACAAUCACUCUUAGAUACUCAUAUGAGAUCUCAUUCUGGAGAUAGACCAUUUCAGUGCCCUCAUUGUUUAGCGACUUACGUCCAAAAGAAAAGUUACUCUUACCAUUUAAAAACUCACAAAGAUCACGAAUUGUAUAAAUGUAGUUGCUGUAAAAUGUCAUUUUUUCAAAAAAAUAAGCUAAUUGACCAUUUAAGAUUACAUACUGGUGAAAAACCUUUUAAAUGCCUCGAGUGUAACAAACGAUUUGGGCAAAAAGCUGUUUUACAGUCACAUAUGAGAACUCACAGUAUUGAUCAAAAAUAUAAAUGUGACAUAUGUGGAGUAGUCUUUAAACAAAAAUUAAGUUUAAUUAAACAUAUAAAAACCCAUCUUGCCUUCAAAUCAAAUUUUAGGUGUAGAUUUUGUAAUUCUAAAUUUUUACAGAAAUCUACCUUUAUGUGUCAUAUGAAAAUGCAUUCUAAAAACAAUCUUUAUCAAUGUAGUAUAUGUGGUAUACCAUAUCUAAAAAAAACUGACAUGAUUAAACAUGAAAAGACUCAUAUGAUUGAAAGGGCUUUACUGAUUUGUAAAGUAUGUAAUCAAUCUUUUCCUUCAAAAUUAAAUCGUAUAAAUCACGAAAGAAAAUUUCACACUGAACAAUCAUGUUCAUGUAUUAUCUGUUUUAAAUUGUUUUAUGAAAAAAAGGAACUAACACUACACAUUAAAUUGCAUAUGAAGAAUAUGUCAUCUGAAUGUUUGUGUUGUAAAAAAUCGUUGCUACAAGUACCUGUUUCGGCUAAAGAAUUAAGAGAUAUAACUGGAAAUAGAAAAAAUAUAUGUGACGUGUGUUCUGUCAUCUUCUAAUCCAUCAGAUACGCAACUAGCUGGAGCAUAUUAUAAAAUACCACCAUUUCUAAAGUUUCUGGCCAUCGUGGAGUUCACUCUUUUAAAUGGAACAGAUUAAAUAAUUUUUUUUUUAUGUACAUUACAUUUGUAUUUUAUACUUAAAUCGAUUUACUUUUACUAUUGUAAUUUUUUAAUUUAAUUUAUUAUUAAAUUGUUUUCAAUAAUCACUUAUAGAUGAUUUGUGAUCUGGGCACUUUAUAAUUCAAUGUGCCUAUUAAUUGCAUUUACAUAAGAAAUUAUAUUGCAUCUAAAUUCCAGUUCGAUUUAUAACAAUGAUCUGAAUGAAACUGUUUUAACAUUAUAUUUUCUUAUCUAUAUUUUAAUAAAAAUUAAUUAAUAUAAUUAUUAUACUAUUGAUAA